CCUAAUCACUGUCAACUAUCAACGGCCUUGAUUGAGAGCGUCCUGCGAAUACAAACAAUUGUCUCCUUAUCCUUUCAUGAAAAGUUUGGAGUUGUUGUCAAACUUGGACCUUAUAAACCAGCACUGGAUUUACAUUUGAAGAAAAGGAAGUUAUAUUUAUGUCAGCGUAAAGUGGAAUACUUAGCAGAUCUUCACAAGGAAAUACUAAACGUCACAAGGAAUCGCAAGAAUCUCUUUAUGAACUUGUCUCAAACGUCAACAUGUGCUUUGUAUCUUUAUAAACUUAAGCAUGCAACCUCCUGUUGCAUUUAGUAAGCAGAACAUGCGUCUUUUGCUUAGUGAAAGCAUUCAAUGUUACUAAAAUCCGGGAUUUGUGUUUCUCCUCUCGCCUAGUAAAGUUCUGCAGCUGGUUUUGACUCGGAACUGAGUCUCAUCUCAGUUUAAACUCGUUUCAUCAGCGACCCACAAGAGCUGGUCGACAUCAGUCAUGAAUGUGCCAAGGUGUUCUGGAGUUUGCGCUAUGAUGAGACUUCUGGCGCUGUUUACACACGUUAUGUCAAUGACAGCAAAGAGACACGUUGUAUAUUGGAACUCUACAAAUACACGGUUAACAGGAGAUGAUUACUCUGUCCAGGUCAACCUGAGUGAUUAUCUGGAUAUACUGUGUCCACACUAUCCUGCCGACCACCCGUCGAGCGGUCCUGUGGAGACUCUGGCUCUCUACCUGGUGGCUGAGGGCCAGUUCAGGGGCUGCGUGGAGACUAAAGAGGCCAUUAAGAGAUGGGAGUGUAACCAGCCGUACGCUCCCUACGGCCCUGUCAGAUUCUCUGAAAAGAUCCAGCGCUUCACACCCUUCUCCCUGGGCUUUGAAUUCCUGCCCGGACACCAUUACUACUAUAGCUCACUGUCCACAGACGACGGACCCCCCCUCCCAUGUAUGAAGCUACGAGUCACUGUGUGUUGUCCACCAACAACAGCUGGAUCAUCAAGACGAGAAGCCACAGAGAGACCAUCACACAGCAGUGCUGUCCAUCCGGUGACAGUCGGACGACUCUCUCUCCUCCACAUCUUCCUCUUGUUGCCUUAUUUUCUCUAAUAUUUCUUUUUAAAACAUAAAACCUAAAAACAAGUGCUCUGUUGCGGCAGAUAUUCCUCCAUAGCCAGUUGCGUUACAGUAAAUGCUUGCUCUACUUCUGUGGAUUACACACACACAUAGACUCUCUCUCUCGUACUCCUUUUCUCUGUCAUUUUUGUCACGCUAUUAAUCCCCAUCCCUCCAUUUCCUUUCUGGUUGUCUCUCUCUCCGUCCACUCUCAGUGACUCCUUACUCCUGUCUGCUCUGAUGAAAGUUCACUCCGUAACAGAGCGACACUAAUCUACCUUCAAAGAGCUUAUCUUACUGUUCAUUUUCUUUUAAUCCACCUGUCCUUGAGAGUCAGACAUUCCUUUACAAGCCCCUGCUCCCCCCCCCCUCUGUCCUACUGUACAACAAACUGAGCCAAAGACGAGGAGGAUGAAGCUCCCCGGUCCUGCUGUUUGUACUACUGAGUGAAAGUUCAGGGACAGAGUGACCAUUCAAAUGUGUGAUCACUACCAUAUCCAAUGAUCAACAGCUUGAAAAAAUACUUUUUGUAAUUUUUUUUUACAUUUUUUCUCUUUGAAAAAAAAA